AGCGCCUUUGAGCGGCGGCUCCGGCUCCAGCUGGUCGUGGCCCCCGGCUCCAGUUUUCCGUACGGGUCCGGCCUCUGCAGCCUCCGUGGAGCUCCUGCUCCCCUCGGGAGCCGCCUUCCCCGCUCCGUCCCGAAGGCCGCUGCCCCAGCCUCGGGCUCGCCUAGGCCGAAGGUCCCCGCGGGGCCGGCGCCGGAGCCGAAGCCCAAGUCGGAGCCCGGCCGGUUCGGGCCGGAGCCGGGGGCGCCUCCUCCCUUAUGGGCCCCGGCUAGAGGCGCUGCAGCCGCGCCCACCCCCACCCCUCACCCCGCCCCCCGCGAAGCCCCGAUGCUGGCCAAGAGGAAGCCGGUGCUGCCGGCGCUCAACAUCACCCCUACCAUCGCCGAGGGCCCGUCCCCGACCAGCGAGGGCGCGUCCGAGGCAAACUUAGCAGAUCUGCAGAAAAAAUUAGAAGAGCUAGAACUUGAUGAGCAGCAGAAAAAGCGGCUGGAAGCUUUCCUCACCCAGAAGGCAAAGGUGGGAGAGCUGAAGGAUGAUGACUUUGAGAGAAUCUCCGAGCUGGGAGCUGGCAAUGGUGGAGUGGUCACCAAAGUACAGCAUAGACCCUCAGGCCUCAUCAUGGCCCGAAAGUUAAUUCACCUAGAGAUCAAACCAGCAAUUCGGAACCAGAUUAUCCGUGAACUCCAGGUCCUACAUGAAUGCAAUUCUCCAUACAUCGUGGGUUUCUAUGGUGCCUUUUAUAGUGAUGGAGAGAUUAGCAUCUGCAUGGAACACAUGGAUGGAGGCUCUCUGGAUCAGGUAUUGAAAGAGGCCAAGAGAAUUCCUGAAGAAAUCUUGGGGAAGGUUAGCAUUGCGGUUCUUCGGGGUUUGGCUUAUCUAAGAGAGAAACACCAGAUUAUGCACAGAGAUGUGAAACCUUCUAACAUUUUGGUCAAUACUCGGGGAGAGAUCAAGCUCUGUGACUUUGGAGUGAGUGGGCAACUCAUAGACUCUAUGGCAAAUUCCUUUGUAGGAACCCGAUCCUACAUGUCUCCAGAACGGUUACAAGGCACCCACUACUCAGUCCAGUCAGAUAUCUGGAGUAUGGGCCUGUCCUUAGUAGAGCUGUCCAUUGGAAGGUACCCGAUUCCCCCACCGGACUCCAAGGAACUAGAAGCGAUAUUUGGUCGGCCCAUGGUCGAUGGGGUAGAGGGAGAACCUCACAGCAUCUCACCACGGCCAAGACCCCCAGGACGUCCCAUCAGUGGUCAUGGGAUGGACAGUCGACCUGCUAUGGCCAUCUUUGAGCUGUUGGACUAUAUUGUUAAUGAGCCUCCACCUAAACUGCCGAAUGGUGUUUUCACACAAGAUUUCCAGGAGUUUGUAAAUAAAUGCUUAAUUAAAAACCCAGCCGAGAGAGCAGAUCUGAAGAUGCUGAUGAAUCACACUUUUAUAAAACGGUCAGAAGCGGAAGGAGUGGAUUUUGCAGGCUGGUUAUGUAAAACUCUGAGGUUAAACCAGCCCAGCACCCCCACACGCACUGCCAUGUGAUGGUGAAGCAGGCUGUCCUGUGUCCAUCGUCUGUCUCCCUGUCCAUCACUGUUUCUUGCCCUUUGGGCUAAAGACAAUCUCUUCCUCCAAUUUCUUCCUCCCUCCCCAUUCUUUAUCCUCCCUCCAUCUCUCUUUCUCACGCGGACCCUGACUUGGACAGCACCAUUGGGGGAAAUGUCUGUCGCCUCUUAUGAACAAGCCAAAACCAGCUUGCUUUAUUUUGUUAAUUCUCUUGCACGUCUACUUCAGUCCAGUGCAGCUCUUUCUCUGAUAUUUGGGAACUGUGGUGCUCCUGUUGUUCACUUAGGGUUUUUUAAAAAGGAAAACAAAAAAGGCAGGGGAACCAAAUUGUGCACAUCAUGCUUGCCUCCCUCCAUUGGGUGUUUUUGUCUUUCCCUUUAGUCCCCAGGUUGAAGGGCUUGCCUGGUCCUAGAAGUAGUCUACAGAUGCUGAAUAGUAGAGCCAGGCUGAAGGAGGAGGAAGGUAGAAUUCAGAGACUGUUUUAACUCUUAAAAAGAUACAAGUAACUGUAAAUCCUAGGUGUUGAGUUGUUGAGCAGGCCAAAGAAAGGCCGUUGCCUAUUGGUUUUCAGUGGUCACUUCACUCCGUGUUUCUGUACUACCUUAUGGUGGUUUUGAUCCUGCUAAAAAAUGUCAGAAUCAAUGAAAAUUACUUGAGUUAGAGAAACGGCAGAGCCCUAUUCCAUCCCCUCCCUGCAGGUCUUCCCUCUCUCCUCAUUCAGGGCUUGGCAGCAAAGGUCUUUUCAGAAGACUUCCACUAACUUCAGCAGGUUGAUGUUAGAGGGCAGCUUCGCCCCACCUCUGUUCCUUUAGGGAAAAAACUUGUUCUCCCUUUGGAUGAGUUUAUAUUCAGCUUUCUUGAAGGCAAAUGUGACAUGAUUUAUAAAAACCCAACUUCCAUAGUAAAUAAAAAUGCAUCCAUAUUUUUAGCAGGUAUUCAGGAACAGGUCUGGUUCUUUGACCUUUCCCAGCCUACCCUGACCCUGCUUCUCUCGCACAGUGUACACACAAGGACCUCAAGUCAUUCACACUCAGCCAGAUGGACUUUAUCUGUUGUGAAGUUGAACCCACCAUGCCCUUCUUUACUCAGACAAAAGUGGUUUUAUCUAUCUGUAGUUAACACUUUAAAAAUCAUACUCGGAGUGUCACAAAUGUGAUACUUGGCCUCCCUGAUGCAGUGAAAGGUAGAGUAUUGAACGAAUAAGAUAUGCUACCCUUCCCUAGAUGAAAGGCCAACUUCUUCAGUGCUAAGUCAUCACUGAGGCUGUUUGGCUGGUGGUUGAUAGAAAGCAGAGAGUAUUAAGGAGUGUUUUCUGCUCUCCGAUUCUUCCCUGAAAUUGCUAAGAUUUGAGAGGUUUUUUCUUUCAUUUCUUCCUCACAUAUACCAAUGUUAAUAUGCCUGUGUACAAGUUGCACGCUUUAAUAGUUUUAAAAGAAUGGUACUUGUUGUUACCCACCCAGCUAAUCGGCAUUUGUGUGACGAAAGGGAAGUGAAUAAUAAUAGUCCCAAGAAUCCCUCUCCUCCCUUUUUAAAAAAUGACUAGAAAUCAUGUCUUGUGCAGAUCAGUUGAAGGAACUUUGGUACUGAAAAAAGAAAAAAAGACUGGGGGAGGAAGAGAUCCAAUGGGAAAACGGAGGGUUCUAAAUGGAUGAAUUUUGCUAAAAAAAAAAAAAAAAAAAAAAAAGAAGAAAGAAAAACACAAUUAAAUUUGAUGUAAGUAAAAACUUUGUUAAAGAGUUGUCCAAAAGUGGAAUGGCCUGUCUCAGGAGGUAAUCAGUUCCCCAUCCCUGAAAAUCUUUGACCAAAGGCUGUACAACUAUAUGUCAUAUAUGUUGGGGAGGUAAUUCCUUUCAAUUGUGAAUUGGACCAGAUAAUACCCAAGGUCUUUUACAAUCCUGUAAUUUUGUGUGGGUGGUGGGAGGGAUGGGGAGUCCCAUUAGCUCUCAGUUCUUUCUAGUCCUUCUGUUGACUCCUGAUCCCAGAGGGUAGCCUCCCCAAGUGAUGUCAGGAUUCAAACCCUAAGCACACUGACCAUAUAUUUUUUGGGUUCUCCUUGGAAAACCAGCUUGACAUCCCCCUCUGAUACUUUUCCAAAUUCUCUUCUCCCCUCCAGUAAACAAAGGAGAGGCUACUUUUAUUCUUAAUCUGAUUUUGACAAGUAACUAGAACACUUAUUCUGGUUCUUGUCCUUCAGGGACUGAAGCAUAUACAGUGUUGCAGGUUUUAAAAACAAACCUCUCCCAAGCUCUCAAGCUGCUGUUGUGUAGGUAACCAAGUUCCCUUAGGAGCAUCCCUCAGAGGGGUGGCCUGAUGUCUGUUAAGACUGGUCUAAGCAUUAACACAUGCUUGAGAUUUUUAGUUAUGCCUUCUUUUAAGGGCGUUGAGCUUUUCUGGCUUCCCAACGGAAGUCAGGAAUUGGGGUUAAGAGCUAGGUGAAGCUGGGCCUUGAACACAGGCCUUCCCAGAAGUAGUUAUAAUAGUAAGAGCCAUGGGGCAGGUAGGUGGUACAGUGGAUAGAGCACAGAUACGGGGUUCCAGACGAGUUCAAAUCUCAUUUCAGACACUGGCUGUGUGACCCUGGGCAAGUCACAACCCCAGUUGCCUCCCCAGAAAUGGAAUGGAAUUCAUUUGAGCCUGAAUUCAGGUGCACUUAUCAUUGUGAAUGAAAGUUGUUCUAGAUCCUUGAAGUUCUCUGAGAAGGAAGUGAGAUUGUGCGUUGCCUAGGCUCGGGAUCGAGUUGGGGAUCAGGAAGAACAAAUCAAACAUCUGCAUCUGCCCCUCCUCCUAUGUGAUUGGUUAGAUCUCGUGCUUUUCUGCAUGUCAUUCAUGGAAUUAGAGUAGUGGAAGUGGCUGAACCCCUUGUCAUGCAGUCGACUGGUGUGGACUCCAUUGGGGAGUGGGGAGGGUCCAGAUUAGGUUUUUCAGUCAAUUUGAAUCUGAUUUAAAACCUGAAGUACUGACUUGGUUAAGCAGGAACUAUGAGUUGUUACUGGAGCCCUGGGGGAGGAGGGGUGCAGGGAGAGCUAUUGGCCACCAGAGACUUUUAGUGUGCAGUGAGAUGUGUAUUUUAUGGCAGCAGAAUGAUUAUUACUCUUCUAUCUCCUUCCCCUUUGGUGCCUCAGUUUCCUCAUCUGUAAAAUGGGGAUAAUAAUACUUGCACUACCUACCUCACAGGGUUGUUGUGGGGAAAGUGCUUUGUAAAGCUUAAAGCACUAUAGAAAUGUGAGUUAUUAUUCCUGCCCUCAUCCCCUCAAAAAAAUCCCCCAACGUUGUUGUCCUUUAAUCUGCAAUUCCUAAUUCUGUUAGGUCUGUCAGAAAGGGAGGGGCUUUCAGUUGGGACUAAUUGCUACUGGCAUAUGGCUGUCUGAGGUCCAAGAAGAGGCAUGGACUGUCCAUUAACAGGUUGGCAAAGUGUGAUAAUUUAACAAAAGGGGUACCCUUUUUGCCUUCUCAUCCCCAUCAUGCUGCUGAUUUGUGAUUCAUAUAUGCUGGUGUGUGUGGUUUGUUUGUUUUUAAGAAAAUUAUAAUGGAUUGUGCUUUUAUUUUGUUUAUUUAGUUUGCAAUGAUUCUAGCCCAGAGAACCCUUUAACUUGGCCCAAGAAUUUUAGAUAGACUGCAGUGCUAACUCAGUCUUUGUAGAAGCUGGGAGACUUAUUGUCUUACCCACAGAUCUGAAUUCAUUUGGGUUUCUUUCUUGAAUGAGGUACCUUUGCCUUCUCGGGAAAGCUUCUGCCUUCCCAGACCCAAAGGACAGCAUUGCAGCUCUCUGUAUCAGAGGCCCUGGGGAGAUCCCACCCCAGGAACUCAAAUCUGAUGAACAUUUUAAGCAGGAAUUGGAUGUUAAAAAUGAUUAGCUUGGGGGAGGGAAGGAGGAAUGGGAGCUAUUAACCUCUUCUGAUUGGAGGGUUAUUGACUUUGGACAUUUCUGGGCUUAGAUGUUGAGUACCUUGUAUAGACAUGGGGUGGGAAAAAGUUUUUUCUAAAAUAUGAAUGAACCUGUGUAAUUGUGUGAUUGAAAUGACUACUGGCAUCCAGGGUUGUAUGGGUCUAGACAUACCUGGGAAUUCUGAAAUUCACUUGUGAGUAUUUUAUUUUAAAAAUUAGGUCGGACUCUAGUUCUAAAACUAUUAUCUUGGGAUUAUUUCCACCCUACCCUCCAAUUGUUGCUAUUUUUUUGUGCUUGGUUUUGAAGGGGAAGAAGAAAGUGUAUCAAACAUUUUGUUGGUGCAAAUUUUUUUUUAACUCGAUAUUUUCAUCAUAAAUAAAUGGCACUUUACAUGA